AUGGCCCACAAGGAAUAUAUAAUAACGUCUUCCCGUUCCAAUUAUGUAUCCAAUCAAACAAGCCUCCUAAACUCACUCACAUACAUCGAUCAACAGAUGGAUACAAUAACAUCAACAACAGUGUAUAAACCAUCCUUUCACGACCAUCCUCUUUUCCCUUCAGCUAGGUUUGUUAACACAUAUUGUGGAGGCUGCCAUGAAAAAGAAACCAUCUACGGUGGCUACUAUUGCAAUGAGCUUAAGUGUCCUUAUUGGUUCUUCCAUAAGAAGUGCGCCGAAGCCCCAUUGGAAAUCAACCACCCUUCUCACCCCCAACAUCCUCUCCAGCUCACAAGCAAAGCGCAAGAUGGUCUAUGUAAUUUGUGUGAAAGCUAUAAUUUUCCUCCAUUUUAUAGUUGUUCCACAUGUCUAUUCAAGGUGGAUUUAAUUUGUGGGAUGAAACUAUUACCAUCUGCAAUCGAACAUCCCCUAUGUCAUGACCAUCCACUUGCUUUCUUCAAGUCACGAAAAGACAUACCUUGUGAGGCAUGCAGUGAGGAUAUCUGGGGACCAUCAUAUUUAUGUUAUGAGUGCAAUCUAAACUUCCACCAUGAUUGUGUCUAUCUCUCAGGAGAGGUAAAUCAUCCUUGUCAUUCUAAACAUCCUAUCAAACUCAAUGCAACUAAAAAUCUUAUUGAUGAUGCCCAAAAGAUUUGUUUUUCGUGUAAAAAACAACAAAAAAAAGUGAUUUAUCAUUGUUCCAUUUGCAACUUCAGCAUAUGCCUUGUUUGUACUAGGAAUCCACCUCCCCUUGUUAUUGAGAAAACCAAGACCCACAUACAUCCACUUACUCUCUUUUCCAAAAAAAUGCCAUUUACUUGUGAUGUUUGUGGGGAAGACGGUAAAGGGGGGCCUUAUGUAUGUUCUCAGUGUGCUUUUCUUUCCCAUGGAGAAUGUAUUGACUUACCCCAUAUUAUCAACAUCAAUCGCCAUGAUCAUUGCAUUUCUUUCACUCCUCAUCUCGGUGCUCGAUACUCGGAAUGUGGAAUUUGUCGCAAGAGUUUGAGUCAGUACCAUGGAGCUUACUAUUGCUCUGUUUGUCCAAAAUAUGCAGCUCAUUUUAGAUGUGCAGUAAGAGAUGGUGUAUGGGAUCUUGUAGAUUUGGAAGGUAUCCCAAAUCACGAUACCGAAUAUAUUGCACCAUUCAAGGUGGUGGAUGAUGACUUGAUAAUUCAUUUUAGUCAUAUAGAACAUCCUUUAAAGCUGUACAUAUACUAUAUACUUUACGAUAAGUGGUUACAAUGUGAAGCAUGUCUUCAUCCAAUUGGAUUUGAGUCCAUCUAUGGUUGUCAGGAAUGUGGUUUUGUUCUUCAUGAAAAGUGUGCUAAUCUUCCUAUGAAGAAAAGAAUUAUCUUUCAGCCUUUACAAUGCUCGUUGGAAGUUGUUUAUAUAACCGUUGAAAGCUGCAUGCAAUGUGGAGAAUUAUUUGAUGGUUUCAAGUACAGAGUGCAAGGUACAUGGAAAAUAGAUGUACAUUGUGGUUCUCUCUCUGAGCCGUUCGUCUAUGAUGGCCAUUCACAUCCGCUAUAUUUUUAUGAGAGAUCAGAGUAUUCCAAUUGCAAUGUAUGUGAGAACUUUAUAAAAGGCUAUAUUCUCCAUUGUGAUGCUUGUAACUUUGAUCUAUGCUGCUAUUGUGCUAGUUUGCCUUUAAAGAUAUGGCACAUGAAUGAUGAUCACCCUAUCACUUUAUAUCACGGUGUGAAGGAGAGCAUAAAAAGUUGGUGCGACAUUUGUGAGAGCGAACUAGAUAAAUGUAAAUGGUUCUAUACAUGUUCUGAUUGCCAAGUUACAUUUCAUACACGAUGUGUACUAGGAGACUUUUCACGUCUCAAGCCAGAAAAGCUCAUUGUAUAUCUUUGGAAAGCAUUUGAGGUGGUUCGUAAUAAUAACAAUACUCGGCCAUUAUGCAGCCAAUGUCACACUAGAUGCAAGGUCUCCAUCGUCCUAAGGGCGUAUGAUGAAGAUAAUGGAUACAUCUGUUCCCGUUAUUGUUUAUCGAGCUAUAUGGGUUAACUGUGUGAAUCUGAACUUAUGUUUCAUGAUGAGUGGUUCUUUUCUGAUUGUAUUAUUUCAUUUGCUUUUUUUAUUUAUCUGGACA